AUGGGAUUGAAAUCUUCUUUUGGAAUUAUUCUUGUACCAUUCUUGUUCUUGUUUUUUAUUGAUGCCAGCCAUGGUUUACCACCAAAAUUAUUCGACGUGAGAAAUUAUGGUGCAAUUGCAGACGGAAAAACCUACAACACUGAAGCAUUUCUCAAGGCAUGGAACGAUGCAUGUGCACAUCAAGGAAGGAGUAGGUUUUAUAUCGCACCAGGAACAUUUCUGUUGGAGUCAGUGAGCUUCGAAGGACCGUGCAAGGGCUCAAUAACAUUUCUUCUUAAAGGGACUUUAAAGGCUCCAACUGAAAAAAGCAAGUUCUCCACAGAUACUUGGAUCGGUUUUCGGUAUCUCGAUGAUUUGACAGUGAAAGGUGGUGGAUAUUUGGACGGCCAAGGUAAAUUUGCGUGGCCCUAUAAUGACUGCUCCAAGAAUUCAUACUGCGGGCCGCUUCCAGUUUCAAUGAGGUUCGACUUUGUGAACAAUUCAAGAAUCCAUCAUUUGAAAUCAAUCGACAGCAAAAACACUCAUUUUAGCAUCUUUGCAUGCUCCAACAUGAAUAUCAGCAAGGUUAGAAUUACGGCCCCCGAAGAUAGUCCCAACACAGAUGGUUUACGCAUUGGCUACUCAAGAAAAAUUAAGAUUUCGGAUUCUGUCAUUGGCACCGGUGAUGAUUGUAUAUCCAUGCUUUACGGUAGUCAAGAUAUUGACAUAGACGACGUUUCUUGUGGCCCCGGUCAUGGGAUAAGUGUUGGAAGUCUUGGAAGAAGUCACGAGGAUCAAUAUGUCUCCAGGAUAAGUGUAAAAAACAGCAGCUUUGUCGGUACUCAGAAUGGUUUGAGGAUCAAAACAUGGUCUCCUUCCUUGUACAGUUUGGCUUCAGAUAUGAAUUUUGAGUACAUAUCUAUGACCAAUGUUAGAAAUCCUAUUGUUAUUGAUCAACAAUAUUGCCCAUUCCCACCUUGCAGCUCCUGGGGUCAUUCAACGAGUUCGGCUGUUCAGAUAAAAAAUGUCAAGUUCAGAAACAUUUGGGGCACUUCAAAUUCAGAAGUUGCCGUCAACUUAAAAUGCAGCGGAUUGAUACCUUGUCAGAAUAUCGAGCUUAGAGAUAUUAACUUGGUUUACAAUGGUCCCGGAGGUCGAGCCACUUCUCUUUGUUCUAAUGUUAAAGGUUCUGCGUAUGGGAAACAACAACCUCUUCCUUGUUUCUAG